AUGGUAGCCGUGGAUCAUUCAGGAUCAAAACAAACCAGGAAAUUUCCAGAUAAUGUUGUUGCACUGCUUGUUGCUUUUUCUGGCGGCAGUGGGGAAGUGCUGAAAAGAGAUUAUGUUGGCACUGGAUCUGGUUCAGGUUCCUUUGUUGUAUUUUUCCUCAAGCCCUAUGACAAUAUGUCCGUGGUUGAAGCUGCGGAGUUGGCCAAAACUGCACUUUGUCUUGGUGUAAAUAAUGAUAUUAAAAGCCGGAAACUCGUCAGUGGUGAGUUUGUGAUCCCCUUGCCAUACACUGCGAAUUUUAAUGUGUUCCAAGUUGGAGAAGCCGGGGUUACUCGGGUGGUCUCGAAUGAUGACAUCAAAGAAUGGCUAAAGGGGCACUUCCGCAAAGCUGAGUACGAGUAG